AUGAGUGUACUUAUUAGGCGGGGCUUGCGGAUCCCUCUGUGUUGUGAGGUGUGCACGGACUCUGAGGAGACUAUUGAGCAUGCCCUUCUGCAGUGUCCCAGGGCCAGGGAAAUAUGGAGGAUGUCACUAGUCCCUCUUCCCCAAUCGGUGGUAUUGGUACAGGAUCUGUUGCAGCUGCUGAGAGACUCAUUUCAGAGCCCUAGAUCUAUUGAGGCAGGGGUACUUAGAGCAUAUCUGGCCUACCACAUUUGGUUGGACAAGAAUGCAGGCGUGUUUGAGGGGAGGAGGUCGUCUCCGAGGUGGGUGGUGGUUAGAGCGGUGCUUCAGGCCGAGGAGGUGACUUCAUGCACUGCUAUAUGUUCUCUUAGGAUGGCCAGGGAUAUCUGGGGUACUUGCUUCGUUGUUACAGCACCCAGAUUUGCUCUCGUUUCUUGGGUGCCCCCACCUCCCGGUUUUCUCAAGGUGAACUUGGACGGCAGCAUGUCGGCAGAUGGGAGGUCUGGAGAUAUUGUAUUUGUUAUCAGAGACCACCGUGGCAGUCUGAUAGCAGCAGGGGGUCGGUGCACGUCAGGCCUUACCGUAGCUGGGGUAGAGCUUCGAGCAGCCUGGGAGGGAAUAUCGUAUGCGAGGCGGGUGCUCAGUGCCGAGCAGGUGUACAUUGAGGGAGACUCAUAUAUCGUGAUCGAGUGGAUACGAGGUGCGGAUAGGUAUGGAGAUGGUCACCCACUUAUUCGUGAGACACGGAGGCGGGUAGUGGAUGGGAUGUGCACCGGGUAG